UGCCCUUUCACCACACAUUGUGUACACAUUGAUGCUGUUUGAGUUUAAAAGGCAACUUUUCAGGCAUCCCGGUUACACUCAGACGGGGGUCACCAUGGAGAGAACUCUGGUGCGAGUCAGCAUCUUUGGGCUGCUUCUGGCUUUUGGUAGCGCUCAAACCAACAAGGGCGACUGGGAGAUCUACAGCUUUCACAUCAACUCCACCGUGAGCAGCCGCUACGCCACCACCGUCAUCACCAGCCGCGUGGUCAACAGGAAAGACGAGUCGAAAGAGGUGGAGUUCCAGGUGCGGAUUCCCAAGAAUGCCUUCAUCACCAAGUUCAGAAUGUUUAUGGACGACCAGGUAUACGAUGGCGUGGUGAAGGCUAAAGAAGCGGCGCAGAAACAGUACACUCAGGCCGUGUCCCGUGGCGAGAGUGCUGGCAUUGUCAGCUCAGUGGGGAGGACUCUCGAGGAGUUCAAGACCUCCGUGACGGUGGCCGCGCUAAAAAAGGUGACCUUUGAACUCACGUACGAGGAGCUGCUCAAACGCAGGCUUGGCAAGUACGAGCUGCAGAUCCACGCUCGCCCCAUGCAGCCCGUCAAAGACUUCAAGGUGGACGUGUACAUUCACGAGAAAGCCGGUAUUAAUUUCAUGGAUGUUAAAGGAGGACUAAGCAUCAACAUUCUGGCUGGCGCCAUCACCAAAGGACACACGGACAAACAGGCGUGGGUCCACUUCUACCCGAAAGUGGACCAACAGAAAACAUGUGACAGUUGUGGAGAACAUGGGAUGAAUGGAGACCUGGUCAUUGUCUAUGACGUGAACAGACACAGGUCACUGGGGGACAUCAAGAGCUCCAGUGGAUAUUUUGUACAUCACUUUGCUCCCUCAAGUCUUUCCCGCAUACCAAAGAAUGUCGUCUUUGUCAUCGAUCAGAGUGGAUCCAUGCAUGGCCGCAAAAUGGAACAGACCCGAAUCGCUUUAAUCCACAUCUUGAAUGACCUGGCGGAGGAGGACUACUUUGGACUCAUCACUUUCGACAGCCACAUUUUUUACUGGAAACGAGAACUUGUUCAGGCCAAGGCAGACAACGUGGAAAGCGCCAAAACGUUUGCACGGAACAUUCAAGAUAGAGGAUCCACAAAUAUCAACACAGCCUUGCUGGAGGGAUCCCGUUUGCUGAAUGAGCAGCCCAGGGAAGGCUCAGCUUCCAUCCUCAUACUCCUCACUGAUGGAGACCCGACCUCAGGUGUGACCAAUCUGGAGGAGAUACAAUCCAACGUGAGGGCGGCCAUCCAAGACAAAUUCCCGCUCUACUGCCUUGGUUUCGGUUUUGAUGUCAACUUUGGGUUCCUGGAGAAGAUGUCCUUGCAGAACAAUGGUGUUGCACGGCGCAUUUAUGAGGACUCUGAUGCAGAUUUGCAGUUGAAGGGAUUCUAUGACGAGGUGGCCAAUCCCCUGUUGACCAAUGUGACAAUGACGUACGAGGGCAGCGCCAAUCUGACCCAGACUACGUUCAGCCAGUACUACAACGGUUCUGAGAUCGUGGUGGCCGGUCAGAUCACUGACAACAACAUCGAAACCUUCAGUCCUCAAGUUGUGGCCAUUUCUAGGAAUGCAAGUGUUGUCUUUACUAACACCAACGGAACCACCGAGUCCACGGAUGACAGCAACAUUCAGAGGAUUUGGGCCUACCUGACUGUCAAACAACUCCUGGACAAAGAGCUGCAGUUGAGCGGAUCCGAGAAGGAGGAAGUGAAGUCGGAGGCUUUGAGGCUGUCGCUCAAGUACGGCUUUGUGACCCCUCUCACAUCCAUGGUGGUCACCAAGCCAACAGAGGAGACCACAGAAGUGCUCCAUAAGCCCAGCGAGAACGCCCCGCCUCCCCAAGGGGGACCCCGAGGGGGGGUCCGUUUUGGGUUAGCCUCAGCUGGGGUAGUGGGAGGGUCGGGAAGGCAGUACAUUCAAAGACGUAUUACAGGCACCACAGGCAUGAAAGCUUCACCAGGGAUAAUACAUGGUUACUCAGGACACCCGGGUUACUCAGGACACCCAGGUUUAGGAGGGUUUUUUCCAGUUCCCUAUUCCCCAGUGAUUCCAGAUUUACAAGGGCUCCCAGGUGUAGCAGGCCCCAUGGGACCACAUGGACCGUUCAUUGCAAUGGAUUAUGAACACACCUCCUUUUCUCCCAUGGCCCCACCCACAAUAAGUGCGCCACCUGGCAUCCGGUUUCUGCUCCAAGCUGAGAACCAUUCUCUUCCACUGUGUUUUGAUGUCACUGGACAAACCAUACUUCGACUCCUUCACCUGCCCAACACAAAUGUGUCUGUGAAUGGCGAGCUGUACAAAGAACAUGGCUUCAGCAGGAUCGCUGUCCGCUUCAAUACUGACGACGUUAUCGUCUUUAUUGACACGGGUGGCGUCUCCAUUAAAAACGGACAGAAAAUGACCCGGCACACGGGACAGGAGGUCUUCACUGCUGGAAGCGUGGUGGUGAGCAAACGGGACAAAGAGGUUGACAUUACAGCUGGAGAAACACGCCUGCUCGUCUUGCUUCAUGGGAAGAAUGGACAUGAAUUCCUCUGGCCGACUUUAAGGCAGCAUUCAUCUGGCAACGCUGAAGGAAUUUUAGCUGUAAAGCCAGUAGCUUAUGAAGAAAUGCACCAAGGUCCCAUCACCAAACUUAAGCUGACAGGGCAGGAAAUAAGUGUUUCCAGAUCCUCUGCUGUGGACUACAGCAUGUACUCACCCGCCACAAUGCCCUGCUGGCUCACGUCUGCUGACUCAGCACUACAAGCACCGCUCAGUGAUUUCACUGUCAGCGAUCUUUGAUGAAUAUACAUUUUCAUACAUUUGAUUGGAGAUGGUGUACAUUCAUCAUGACAUAAACAAUAAAUGCUGACUAAGCAAGCAAA